AUGUGGGCACCAGCUCUUAGUGGCUGCGAAUGGGAGGUGAAGCAGCUGGAGAUGGAGACGUCAAGCAGUGUGUUGCGUAUAUGGAUUAGAGUUGAACAGCAUUGUCAGGAGAAGGCUGGUUUUGCUAGGAUUUCAUGGUGCAUUUUUCUUGUUGCAGGUGAGGCUGGCGCCAGCAUUAUUCGAGUAUCAAAAGAAGCCCGGAAGAGGUUCUUGGGCCCACUCCACCCAUCUUUCAACUUGGUGAAGAUCAUUCGGAUCUGCCUGUCCAAGACUGUGCCAGAGAAUGGGCAUGAGGUUGCAGCAGGACGUUUGGGUAUUUCCCUGACACGGGUCUCUGAUGGAGAAAACGUGAUACUGUCAGACUUCAAUUCCAAGGAGGAGCUGAUCCAGGCUUGUGUCUGCAGCACCUUUAUCCCUGUCUACUGUGGCCUGAUACCUCCAACCUUGCGUGGAGUGAGAUACGUUGAUGGAGGGAUUUCUGACAACUUGCCACGAUAUGAGCUGAAGAACACAAUCACGGUGUCUCCAUUCUCAGGAGAGAGUGAUAUCUGUCCACGGGACAGCUCCACAAACAUGCAUGAGCUGAGAGUCACCAAUACAAGCAUCCAGUUUAACCUUCGCAACCUGUACCGCCUCUCAAAGGCCCUGUUUCCUCCAGAGCCACAGGUGCUGCGGGAUAUGUGCAAGCAGGGCUAUCGGGAUGCACUGCACUUCCUGAAAAAGAAUGGUCUCCUUCAUCGUCCAAGUCCUGCCCGUCCUCUCCUUGCCAUAGAAGCUCCCCCAGAAGAGAAAAAAGAGGAAGAAACAGAAGCUGAGGACCAACUAGAGGACAACACUGCCCUUGCUGUUGUUGAAGAGCACAUCUUUGAACACUUGCCUCCCAGACUGAACCAAGCUCUUCUGGAGGCUUGUGCUGAAAGAAGAAGUUUCUUGACUGGUAUCACCAACAUGCUGCCUAUACGUGUAGCCACGGCAAUGAUGGUUCCCUAUAUGCUGCCUCUGGAGUCUGCAGUUUCCUUCACUGUCAGGUUGCUGGAAUGGCUCCCAGAUAUCCCUGAGGAUAUUAGAUGGAUGAGGGAGCAGAUAACUGAAAUCUGCAACUAUCUUGUGAAGAAAGCCAAGAAGAAACUGGGCAGCCAUCUUUCAGCCAGGCUUUACUAUCACCUUGAGCUUGGAGGGCCCCAGAGCCUGCCAAUUUCUUCUGCACCGGCUUGUGGUGAAGCACUGCCUAUGUGGAUGAGAAGCAACCGUUCCCUGUCUGAUGUCAUGAUGAAAUGGGAGGACUACCAGCGCCAGCUCAUGAUGGGCUUACUCUGCAUCAAUGUGGACAUGCAGGCCUCCCUCUUCCCUCGGGAAGGGUUUCAGAUGAAGCUUCCACCUCUAGACUGUGCAAAAGAGUGCCUGCCACUCUUCUGAGCCUGCUGCUGUGAGAGGAUGAGGGUGGGUGGGAAGGGGAGCAAACAGGGUGGGACCAGUCUCAUCCCUCAGCAGCGGGGCUGCCCUGUGCUCACGAAUAUGCUGCAAAGGGGAUUUCCCUGGGAUGGAGACUGGUGGAAUUGACUGUAGCCAUUCGUUGCCCACUGGACUAGGCAAGGGAUCUCAGUGUUCAAAGGCACACGUGGGCUGAUACCUUGCUCUAGACUUGUGUUGAGGCCUGGACAUUGCCCAUGACCAGGCUGAUGCUGACCCAGCUGGGCUCUCCCAAAUAAUGCACUUUGAAUUGCCGUUGGCUUUUUACCGCCAAGUAAUCAGGACGUAGAUGACGCGCUCAAGUUCAUACAGCUUUUAGCUUUCUUUGUUUUUUAAGAGCAUGAGUCUUGGUCUUUUUUAAAUCAUCUGACAUCCCUUAGCUCUUUGUGCUACUGAAAGUUUCAACUUUCAGUAGCCUCUUGCCAAA